GAUGCCCGGAGAGCGCCGGGGAGUCCUGGUCCAGCUCAGCCCGAGUUCAUGACGCUCUGGGCGGCCUCGUCAUGCGUCUCUUGCCCGAGCCCAGCGCCCAGUCCCUCCGGCUCCUGUUCCUCUUUAUCUUCGUGAUGGGGGUGACCCCUUCCCCGGCUCUCACAGCCGGCUGCCCAGACAGAUGCGUGUGCGACGACCAGUUGGUGGUCCAGUGCGCCGGGCAGGAGCUCACCCAGUUCCCCAAUGACCUGCCCCUGGCAACCCGGCAGCUCAUCAUCUCCAACAACCGCAUCGUGGACCUUCCGGCGUUGCAGCUCAACUACCUGUCCGAUCUGGUCUAUCUGGACUGCAGCAACAACUCUCUGACCGAGAUCUCAGAGUCCACCUUCGGGAAUUUGCGGAAACUCGCCUACCUGGACUUGUCGUUCAACACCCUGCUGCAGAUCGAGGACCGGACUUUCGGGCCACUGGCGUCUCUGGUGAUGCUCCGGCUGACGGAUAAUCCGAGUCUGGGGGAGAUCCACCCGGACGCCUUCUCGGAGAACAUGGCUCUGCAGGUGCUGGAUGUGAGCCGGAACAACCUGACGGCCCUCAACAUCAGCAGCCUGAUCGCCCUGCCCGCUCUGAGAUCUCUGGGGCUCAGCGGCAACCCCUGGAGCUGCGACUGUGACACGGAGGACCUCUGCCUGUGGGUGCAGAUAGAGGGCUUCAAGUUCCAAGACGAGGGCCAGACAGUUUGCCACAAUCCCCCAGAGCUGGCGGGCCAGCGGUUGGCGGAGGUCGGCAUGCAGCUGCGGGCAGACUGCCACCAAGGCCUGGGCUACUGGGACUACCUCUUCUUCAUCGCCAUCGGCUUCGUCAUCUUCUCAGCUGGCACGGUGUCGGCCUGGGUGAUGGGGGUGCUCAUGGUGCUGUACGAGCGCUACAGCAAAAGGAAGAGCGAGGAGCUGGACAGCGACGAUGAGGACGAUAGGGGAGGGAUGAGCGGAGGAUGUGGUGGUGGUGGUGGAGGGAACCAGGGGAAUGGGGAUCUGAGUAAGCCCGACAUGCAGGUGUGA